GAGUCGGUGUAGUGGCAGUCAGUCGUUAGCCAGGGGAAGCCUGAAAGUAAACAGUUAAGGGACAAAUAAAAAGUACCAUCACACCGACAGCACGUUUUAAUCAAGUCUUACAGUUAAUUCAUUUGGACUUUAGCUUAGAGGCGUCCUGGCUGUCCAAGCUAGGAUUUGAGAGGCGAAGCCGUAGUUUGUUAGCAUUAAAAGAAACCGGAGGAAAGUGAGAGAGGAACCGCCAUGGCUCAGAUCCUGCCUAUUCGCUUUCAGGAGCACCUGCAGCUCCAAAACCUAGGGAUCAAUCCUGCCAACAUUGGCUUCAGCACCCUUACCAUGGAGUCAGACAAGUUCAUCUGUGUCAGAGAGAAGGUUGGCGAGCAGACCCAGGUGGUGAUCAUCGAUUUGGCCGACCCUAACACACCAAUCCGCAGGCCCAUAUCCGCUGACAGCGCCAUAAUGAAUCCAGCCAGCAAAGUCAUUGCACUUAAAGCUGCCAAAACCCUUCAGAUAUUCAACAUUGAGAUGAAGAGCAAGAUGAAGGCACACACCAUGACGGACGAUGUUACCUUCUGGAAGUGGAUUUCCCUUAACACAGUUGCGCUUGUGACUGACAAUGCCGUCUACCAUUGGAGCAUGGAGGGUGACUCGCAGCCUGUUAAAGUGUUUGACCGUCACUCCAGCUUGGCAGGCUGCCAGAUCAUCAACUAUCGCACUGACGCCAAGCAGAAAUGGCUUCUUCUCAUUGGCAUCUCAGCCCAGCAAAAUCGGGUUGUGGGAGCCAUGCAGCUUUACUCUGUUGACAGAAAGGUAUCUCAACCCAUUGAAGGUCAUGCUGCCAGCUUUGCCCAGUUCAAGAUUGAGGGAAAUGCGGAAGAAUCUACAUUGUUCUGCUUUGCUGUCAGAGGCCAGGCUGGAGGAAAGCUGCACAUCAUUGAAGUGGGGACACCACCAACUGGCAACCAGCCUUUUCCAAAGAAAGCAGUAGAUGUGUUCUUCCCGCCUGAAGCCCAGAAUGACUUUCCUGUGGCCAUGCAGAUAAGCGCCAAGCACAAUGUGGUUUUCCUCAUUACCAAAUAUGGCUACAUCCAUCUGUAUGACUUGGAGACAGGAACCUGCAUUUACAUGAACCGCAUCAGCGGAGAGACCAUCUUUGUCACAGCUCCACAUGAGGCGACCUCAGGAAUCAUCGGGGUCAAUAGAAAGGGACAGGUGCUGUCAGUAUGCGUGGAAGAGGAAAAUCUCAUCCCAUACAUCACCAAUGUACUGCAGAAUCCAGACCUGGCUCUUCGCUUGGCUGUUCGCAACAACCUUGCUGGUGCUGAGGAGCUCUUUGCUCGCAAGUUCAACAACCUGUUUGCUGCCGGCAACUACUCUGAGGCGGCCAAAGUGGCGGCCAAUGCACCAAAGGGUAUACUGCGCACCCCAGACACCAUCCGUCGCUUUCAGAGUGUUCCAACCCAGCCCGGCCAGACCUCCCCUUUGCUGCAAUAUUUUGGUAUCUUGCUGGAUCAAGGCCAGCUCAACAAGUUUGAGUCCCUGGAGCUUUGCAGGCCUGUUCUCCAGCAAGGACGAAAGCAGCUCUUAGAGAAGUGGCUAAAGGAAGAUAAGUUGGAGUGUUCAGAGGAGUUGGGUGAUCUUGUAAAGGCAGUGGAUCCUACACUGGCUCUUAGUGUGUACCUGAGGGCAAAUGUCCCAAACAAGGUCAUCCAGUGCUUUGCUGAGACUGGCCAGUUCCCCAAGAUUGUCCUGUAUGCGAAGAAGGUGGGCUACACACCAGACUGGAUAUUUCUGCUUAGGAAUGUGAUGCGAAUCAACCCAGAUCAAGGCCUGCAGUUUGCCCAGAUGCUGGUGCAGGAUGAAGAGCCACUGGCUGACAUUACGCAGAUUGUGGAUGUGUUCAUGGAGUACAACCUGAUCCAGCAGUGCACCUCAUUCCUCCUGGACGCUCUGAAGAACAACAGACCCUCGGAAGGACCUCUGCAGACUCGUCUGCUGGAGAUGAACCUUAUGCAUGCUCCGCAGGUUGCUGAUGCCAUCUUGGGCAAUCAGAUGUUUACCAACUACGAUCGUGCACACAUCGCCCAACUCUGUGAGAAGGCUGGACUCCUGCAAAGGGCGCUGGAGCAUUACACUGACCUGUAUGACAUCAAGCGCGCUGUAGUGCAUACACAUCUACUAAACCCAGAGUGGUUGGUGAACUUUUUUGGCUCGCUGUCAGUGGAAGACUCUCUGGAGUGCCUCAGGGCCAUGUUGUCAGCAAACAUUCGUCAGAACCUGCAGAUCUGUGUCCAGGUGGCUUCCAAGUACCAUGAGCAGUUGACUACACCUGCUCUCACUGAACUCUUUGAGUCCUUCAAAAGUUUUGAAGGUCUGUUCUACUUCCUGGGCUCUAUUGUGAACUUCAGCCAGGAGCCUGAGGUCCACUUUAAAUACAUCCAGGCCGCCUGCAAGACAGGCCAGAUCAAAGAGGUGGAGAGAAUCUGUAGAGAAAGCAACUGCUAUGACCCAGAACGUGUCAAGAACUUCCUCAAGGAAGCCAAACUCACCGACCAGCUGCCGCUGAUCAUUGUCUGUGACCGAUUUGAUUUCGUCCAUGACCUUGUCCUCUACCUGUACCGCAACAACCUGCAGAAAUACAUUGAGAUCUAUGUUCAGAAGGUGAAUCCCAGCCGUCUGCCUGUAGUGGUUGGAGGUCUGUUGGACGUAGACUGCUCGGAGGAUGUCAUCAAAAGCCUGAUCCUGGUUGUCAGGGGACAGUUCUCUACUGAUGAACUGGUCGCUGAGGUGGAAAAAAGGAACAGACUGAAGCUUCUGCUGCCUUGGCUUGAGUCACGCAUCCACGAAGGCUGUGAGGAGCCUGCCACCCAUAAUGCUCUGGCAAAGAUCUACAUUGACAGCAACAACAACCCUGAACGGUUCCUACGGGAAAACCCAUACUACGACAGCCGUGUGGUAGGAAAGUACUGCGAGAAGAGAGACCCCCACCUGGCUUGUGUGGCAUAUGAGAGAGGACAGUGUGACCAGGAGCUGAUCAAUGUCUGCAACGAGAAUUCUUUGUUCAAAAGUUUAUCUCGCUACCUUGUCCGACGCAAAGAUCCGGACCUGUGGGCAAGUGUGCUGCUGGAGAGCAACCCCUUUAGACGACCACUGAUUGACCAGGUGGUGCAGACAGCACUGUCUGAAACCCAGGACCCAGAGGAGGUAUCUGUCACAGUCAAGGCCUUCAUGACAGCAGAUUUGCCCAAUGAGCUCAUUGAGCUGCUGGAGAAGAUUGUUUUGGACAACUCUGUCUUCAGUGAACACAGAAACCUGCAGAACCUGUUGAUCCUGACAGCAAUCAAAGCUGACCGUACACGUGUGAUGGAGUACAUCAGCAGGCUAGACAACUAUGAUGCUCCUGAUAUUGCCAACAUCGCCAUCAGUAAUGAACUCUUUGAGGAAGCCUUUGCCAUCUUUAAGAAGUUUGAUGUCAACACCUCUGCUGUGCAGGUGCUGAUUGAGCAUAUUGGCAACCUGGACCGCGCCUAUGAGUUUGCAGAACGCUGCAAUGAACCAGCUGUGUGGAGCCAGCUGGCUAAGGCUCAGCUACAGAAGGGUCUGGUUAAGGAGGCCAUCGACUCCUACAUCAAAGCUGAUGACCCCUCUGCAUACAUGGAGGUGGUACAAGCUGCAGAUCAGAGCGGUAACUGGGAGGACUUAGUCAAAUUCCUUCAGAUGGCUCGUAAGAAGGCCCGCGAAUCGUAUGUAGAAACAGAGCUCAUCUUUGCCCUGGCCAAAACCAACCGCCUGGCUGAACUGGAGGAGUUCAUUAAUGGACCAAACAACGCUCACAUCCAACAGGUCGGUGACCGAUGCUACGAUGAGAAAAUGUAUGAGGCUGCUAAGCUGCUAUACAACAACGUGUCCAACUUUGGUCGCUUGGCUUCAACUCUGGUACACCUCGGAGAGUAUCAGGCUGCUGUGGAUGGUGCCCGAAAGGCCAACAGCACCCGUACCUGGAAAGAGGUGUGCUUUGCCUGCGUGGACGGAAAGGAGUUCAGACUAGCCCAGAUGUGUGGUCUUCACAUUGUGGUGCAUGCUGACGAGCUGGAGGAGCUGAUCAACUACUACCAAGACCGUGGUUACUUUGAGGAACUGAUCACCAUGCUGGAGGCUGCUUUGGGUCUGGAGCGGGCUCACAUGGGGAUGUUCACAGAGCUGGCAAUCCUGUACUCCAAGUUUAAGCCCCAGAAGAUGAGGGAACAUCUGGAGCUCUUCUGGUCCAGAGUUAACAUCCCAAAGGUCCUGAGAGCAGCAGAGCAGGCCCACUUGUGGGCUGAACUGGUCUUCUUGUAUGACAAGUAUGAGGAGUACGACAACGCCAUCAUCACUAUGAUGAACCACCCCACAGACGCCUGGAAGGAAGGACAGUUCAAGGAUAUCAUCACCAAGGUGGCCAAUGUAGAACUGUACUACAAAGCCAUCCAGUUCUAUCUGGAGUUUAAGCCCUUGUUACUGAAUGAUUUGCUCAUAGUGCUAUCUCCCAGACUGGACCACUCUCGUGCUGUCAACUUCUUCAGCAAGGUGAAACAACUGCCUCUGGUCAAGCCCUACCUGCGGUCAGUACAGAACCACAAUAACAAGUCAGUCAAUGAAGCACUUAAUAACCUCUUCAUCACAGAGGAAGACUAUCAGGCACUGAGGACAUCAAUAGAUGCCUACGACAACUUUGACAACAUCUCCCUGGCCCAGCGCUUGGAAAAGCAUGAGCUUAUCGAGUUCAGGAGAAUCGCUGCCUACCUCUUCAAAGGCAACAACCGCUGGAAACAGAGUGUGGAGCUCUGCAAGAAGGAUAAGCUCUAUAAGGACGCCAUGCAGUAUGCUUCAGAAUCCAAGGACAUCGAGCUGGCGGAGGAGCUGUUGUCCUGGUUCCUGCAGGAGAACAAGAAGGAGUGUUUUGCCGCCUGCCUUUUCACCUGCUAUGACCUGCUGCGCCCUGACGUGGUGUUGGAGACAGCUUGGAGGCACAACAUCAUGGACUUUUCUAUGCCAUACUUCAUUCAGGUCAUGAGGGAGUACCUCAGCAAGGUAGAUAAACUAGAAACCUCUGAAUCCCUAAGGAAAGAGGAGGAGCAGGCAACAGAGACGCAACCCAUUGUCUACGGCACACCUCAGCUGAUGUUAACAGCAGGCCCCAGCGUACCAGUGCCCCCCCAGCAGCCUUACGGAUAUGGCUACCAGGCUCCCGCCGCCGCCCCUGCCGCAUACGGUCAGCCUGCAGCUCCAGGCUUCAGCUACGGCAUGUAAAAACACCACCCCUGCUACUCCCUCCCCACUCACAGGCUGGAGCUACCAUCCAUCCAUCUCCCACAGUCCUUCACCAGACCAUUACUGUCUCCAGGGCUAUUGCAGACAAACCUCUAUCUUUCUUUCUUUUGUUUUUUUUACCUUUUUCCCCAUUUUUAAACUGUCAUGAAGGACUCAAGUUUUAUUUCUGUCAAAAGAAUUAAUCACAGAUAUUAGUUUUCUCACAUUCCGUAUCUAGUAGUUAAAUUUUUGUUUCGUCGGUUUUAUUUUAAUGGGAAAUGGUUUAUGUACAAUGGGGGGCGCUUGUGAGAAGAGCUAGUCCUCUUCCCAGUUAAAAAAAGGUCUGUUGUGAAGCAUCUAAUUUGCACUCUGUAGUGAAAAGAAAUUAAUGUAGACCCUUUUCCAUUUGAUGUGUGAGCCGCUUCGGUCCAACUGUAAAAUGCAUUUAAUUAUUGUAUAUUCAGACGCAAAAAACGCAACUAUGCUCUUCCAUAUUUGAACACGAGGCAGCCGCUUCAACGACCACAAUCCUGAAACACUACGUUGUAUCUGUACUGUCCCUAUAACUCACGCUUUCAGGGCUGUUUCUUGAAGAAUACCAGAGUGAGUAUUUUACAUACAGCUUUCAGGAAAGUUUCUUUCCACCAAGGCCUAUGCAGAACUCUCCAAACUAAUUUGCAGUCAAAAAACAUUUUCAUGUGCUUUAAAGUACUGCUCUAACGUGGGACCAUUCCACCUCAGGAGGGACUGCAGAUGUUUGUGUUUGACUAACAUGGCUCCUCUUUAUGCUGCAGUUUGUAUCUGCUGGAUUCAUUUUAAGGUCACUGCUCUUGAGCAUGCAGGAGAAGAUUUGUCUCCUGACCUUCAGGUGUUACCCCGAACCUUUUCAGUUGACCCACUCAUUUAAUUGAGAAACCAGAUCUGACUUGUGGUAUUUUGAAGUUUUUAUGAAAGGCUUGCGUGUAUACAAGAAAUCAAUCAAUAACUCCUUUGAACAUAUAUUCUUAUCUAAAUUACCUUAGAUUUAAAUUGUGCACUUACAAUAGUUGAUGGUGCAUAAUCAGGAUCAUAAUGAAACAGCGGUUUUGUUUUUCACUUAAAAAUAAAGGCUUCUUGUUUGUCAAA